AUGAAUUUUGAGUGUGAGAGGGAAAUUGGGUUCAUAAACAGUCAGCCUUCCCUUGCAGAGUGCCUGACGUCUUUUCCCGCUGUACUGGAGUCAUUUCAAACUUCAUCAAUCAAGGACUCGACAUUAAUUCCUCCUCCUUUCGAGCACACUAUCCCCAGCCUGAAUCCUUGCUCUAGCAGCCAGGCGCGACCCAGAAGCCAGAAACGGAUUUCAAAUGGCCUCCUGGUCCGGACCCCGCCACCGCAAGGCCACCCACCGCCGCCGGGCAACGGCUCCCUGGCACCCGAGUUCCCGUGGAUGAAGGAGAAGAAGUCCUCCAAGAAGCUCCAGCAGCACGGGCAGCCUUCCGCCACCUCCUCUCCUCCUUCAGCCUCGUCUGGCUUCGUCGUGACGGGGCUUGAAUCUCCAACAGAAGCAGCAAGUGGAGCAGAUAGCGGGAACAGUUCGAGGCGCUUACGGACAGCUUACACAAACACGCAGCUGCUGGAGCUCGAGAAAGAAUUCCACUUCAACAAAUAUUUAUGUCGCCCUCGAAGGGUGGAGAUCGCGGCUCUGCUGGAUCUAACCGAGAGACAAGUCAAAGUGUGGUUCCAGAACCGCAGGAUGAAGCACAAGAGGCAGACCACGCAUUAUAAGGACGGCCAAGAGAGCGACCACCGCGGCUUUGAGCCCACGGACGGCGGCGAUGCGAAUUCUCCCUCUUCUCACCAGCUUCUAGAAGCAUCUGGCUGUGGGGCGUCGGAAAAUGAAACCUCUCCCUAUUCCAAAAGGAAUGACAAAAAGCAGCCCACGUUCGAGAAGACGCAACCACUGAGGCAGAAAGCUGCAGCUUCACCCGACAAAGGCGCAGGGUGUCCGCGGUACCCGACGCCCACGGCAGCUGCCCUGCCAACAAUGGGCGAUGGAGCUCCAUGUGAGCCCGAGAACUCGCUGGUAGAGCCCCGGGAUGUGGCCCCGCUCUCCGAUUUGAAUCUUUAUUCGUCCGAUGCGAGUCUGCAGAUGUGUGAUGCUCUGUCUCCCAGCUUGAGGAGCUCCCUGGACAGCCCGGUGGAUUUCUCCGAAGAAGACUUGGACUUGUUCACCAGCACCCUGUGCACCAUAGAUUUACAGCAUCUGCAGUUCUAACCAAAAGUAAUCCAAGCCCCCAAGAACACUACAGCCAUUUUUCUCAGCUAGAGUACACCUUCAGUUACUGCUCUUGUGCUCUUUUGUUUAUUUUAUUUGCUCUAUCUUAAGGAAAAAAAAAUACUGUAAUUCCGUACCAGUAUUAAAAGUACGAUUUAAAACGCACGGAAAGUUUAUUAAAGAUAGUAUUUUACUAUAUUGCUCUCCCAUCA